UAUUCCAUCCUUUUUGACAAUAGACUACUUACUGUACUAGCUAAUUCAUAUAUAAUAGCUAGCUACGCCAUCAAAUAACUUAAGAUGUCAGGAGUUUGGAAGUUUAAAAAUGGGGUGGUGAGGCUGGUUGAAAAUCCAGCAAACGAACAAUCAUCAACGAUGAAGCGCAAAGCGUUGCUUCACACUCCUACAAAUGAAGUGAUAAGCUCUUAUGCUUCGCUCGAGUGCAAGCUCAUCAACCUUGGUUGGGAACGGUAUUAUGAAGAUCCAGACCUUCUACAAUUCCAUAAGCGCUCGUCCAUCGAUUUAAUCUCACUUCCUCGUGAGUUCAAUCGCUUCAAAUCGAUGCACAUGUAUGAUAUCGUCCUCAAGAAUCGUGAUUGGUUUCGAGUAAUUGAUGUUUAGAUUGUGUGUGGCAUAAACAUGAGAGUAGUGUUGCAAUAUAUGUUGACUGCGAUUUUGUAUGUAUUACUUAUUGUUUGUGUUAUUUUCAUUCCAUAUAUAGUGAUCACACAGCGAGAGUUUUUAGAAGAGUGUUGAUAUACAAGUCUAUUGUGUGUUUGUGGGGUUUCUUUCUCAGCUUGUCGGUUUGCUUUGCAUAAAGGGGAUUGGUGAUAGAGAUGAAACUUUUGUUUGUAUCUGAUUUUCUCCAGUUUAAUAAUAUUA